AUGAGGUAUAUAAGUGGUUCAUCGAACAUACUGGACGAGUAUGGUAAUGGUAAUUUUUUAGCUGCCAUUGAGCUGUUGAGGAAACACUAUCUAGAAGAAGUUUUUCAUCACCAAAAACAAGGAACAAGAAGUGAUGAAGAAAAACUUUGUCAGAAAGAAAAAUGCAAAGUCCUAGCAAAUCUCUAUGUAAAAGAUGUAAAAGAUGUAAAAGAGGAGGAGUUGAUUGAAGAAAUUCGUCAUCGAGAUGUUUUAAAGCGAUCAAAUACUUUUGGACAAAUAGAAUCUCUUUCUUCUAUCAAAAAUUAUUUAGAAAAAGUUCUUGGCAGUGGAGCGUUGCUCAAGAAAGGUUUACAUGGCCAAAGUCAAAAUGAUAAUGAAUUGCUAAAUGAGAUGGUUUGGACUCGCGCACUUAAAAGAGUUCAUGUGAAAAAAACAGUUAAUGAGAUUGCUUUAGCCUAUACAAUAAUUAGCUUCAAUAAUGGAGUUCAGGGUUUACUACCAGCAUUUGAAAAAUGUAAUGUUUUGCCUGGAUAUUUUACAACUAAAAGUUCUCUAAAUGUAGAUUAUGUACGCAAUAAACAGAAUGAGAUAAAAAGUACAGGUGCCACAAAAAACAGGAGGAAAAAGUUAGAGGCCAUUAAAAAAGGUUUUAUUGGCGAACAUAAUGAAGCAGAAGAUGUUGCAUACAACAGUGGUGGUUUUUAUGGCUUGGCACUUGAUUGGCUUCGAGCUUUCUUAUCUAAUAGAAGGCAGAGAGUCGUUAUAGGAGAUUAUAUUUCAACUUGGGCUGAGGUGCACAGCGGAGUUCGCCAAGGCUCAGUAUUGGGUCCACUACUUUUUAUACUCUAUAUAAAUGAGCUUCCGGAGUCUCUAAAAAAUAUUUCAAAAUUUUAUGCUGAUGACACAAAAAUCAUGUCAAUUAGUUCUUCUGAUGAGUUACAUAAUAAACUACAAUGCGAUUUAAACUCUGCAUAUGCUUGGACACAAGACUGGCUGCUUAGUUUUAAUAUUGAAAAGUGUCUUGUUAUGCACUAUGGCUAUAAAAAUAAGAGAUAUCCAAUUUAUAUAAAUGGUUGUAAACUCAAUACAUCAGAUUCAGAAAGGGACCUAGGAGUGAUUUUUUCAGAUAACUUGAAGUGGAAAAAUCAAACAUUAUCGAGUGCAAGCAAAACUAAUUGCAUGUUGGGCAUAAUAAAAAAAUCUUUUGUUCGAUUUGAUGCUGAACUGCUUAAAUCCCUAUAUCUUUCAUUUGUUCGACCGCUACUUGAGUUUGCUAUACGAGUAUGGGCUCCUUAUCAAAAACAAGAUAUAAUCAUUUUAGAAAAAGUACAGCGUCGUGCUACUAAACUAAUACCUCAAAUCAGUAAAUUAUGCUAUGAAGAUUGA